UUAUUCUCGGUCGCAUUCGUGUCAUUCGAAUUCUCUUUCUCUGUUUAAUAUUCGCUUUCUCUUUCUAACACUGCGACUGCAGGGCCCUCCGUCAGGCGGAAUCCCAACUAAACUUUGCGGAAAACGCAGGCCAGGCCCAGCCCUAUGAAGCUAGGAGCCCCUGCUACUGACUUGUAUGAAAAUCGAAAUGUCGGCUGUCUUCGGAUCGUAGCAGCAAGUGCAGCAAUGGGCAGGUGAUGUGGGCCACUACGAAACUUUCCCUACUAACAUCUUAUUUAACUGCAUUGCGUUCACGUGAGGUGGUGGAGUGCAGAACUGAGUGGGAGAGUCAUGCCUCAUGGCAGGAGAAGCUGACUCUAGUACAUCAGUCACCUUAGCUUUUCAGAAGAAGCGCAAUGCCGAGUGGUGUAAGCUAAGAAAGCAUCUGCAUCUUCAACUCCAACAAGAUAUAGCCAGAACAUUCUCCGAUUCUUUGUAUUGUGAUUUGGAAUUAAUAUUUGAUUCCACCACUAUCAAAACUCACAGGAGUAUCUUGCAAGUUAGAGCAGCUAGAUUUUUUUCCCAUUUGUGCAACAAAUCAUUGCUUGCUUUAUCCAAAAAUGAUAUAUGUUCUUUAGCUUUUGAGAAAGCUUCAUCAGACUACAUCAAAGAUUUUGUUAGGAAUGUCUACUGUAAAUGUGCAAUUGCUGAAGAAGAAAAUGAUAUUGUCCAGUACUUACAAAGUAUAAAUGAACCAUGCACUGUUAAAAAAAGUGGAUCACUUUCAUGUAAAUUUGAAAGGGGGACAAGUCAGGAUUCUGGAUUAAGUCCAGAAUCAGAUAUAUAUCUAACGCCAAAUUGUUCUCCAUCUGAUUUUUGUUCUCCAUUCUGUAAAGAACAACAUCAAAAAGUUAGCUCUGAAAUUAACACCACAAUUCCCAAGGUAGAAGAUAAAAUUAGUACACAUCUGCAUAAAACAAAUAGGUCAUAUUAUACUAUUGUUGCUGUUGAUGAAGUUUUCCGUGAAGAUCCAGUUCUGGAACAUGCUCAGCAGCAGUCAGUAGAACAUGAUGUAUUAGCAAAAGAAUUAGCUGAACAAGAUAAACUUUUAGAGUCAUUCAAAUCUAUUAAAUCAAAAGAGAAGAAAAUCAUUAGAACAACUCGUAAAAUUAAUAAACCCACAUCAUUACCUGUGUCAUCUAGUCUGUACUCCAAAAAGCAAAAGCAAAGUUAUGAUGCUGUAUUUUUGAAGGAUCCAGUUAAUAAAAAGGAAAAAAAUGUCUCAGAAUUUAGGCCAUUACCCCCUUAUUCAAGUUCCUCAAAAUUGUUUACUUACAACAGCAAAGAAAGUAAUGAAGAGAAUUUGAAAAAAAGUUGUUCUUCUAAGAAAAGUACUUUUUUAGCUAAAUUGUGCUCAAGUUUUGCUGACGAAAAAAACAAUUCUGUGCAGUCUGUAACAUGCUUUUCCACUUUUACCAAGAAUGUUGACUUGGGUAUCAGAGGAACUAAAAAUAAUUUGUCUCAGAAUGAGGAAGAGGAAUUUAUGUUUAGCCCUAAAGGAGAUGGGUCUUGUGGGUUGAGGUGUUGUCAGGACAAGGACCUAGACGACUUUUUAACAUUGACCCCUUGCAGUCCUGAGAUGGAUGCCAGUGGAGGUGGGCCAGAUUCAGGACUGGACACUUGUUCCACAGGCUGUGUGCCUGGAGGUGGUUUCAACAGUCCUCGUGAACAUACAGUUUCUGAAACAUCUGGUGUUGACUUAACAGAAGCUGCCAUCGGUGAAGACAUGCCUCAUGAUGGAGAUUCAGAACUUAAUUUACCAAAACCUUCUAAAUCAUCUGAUUCUUCCUCUGUGUCCUCAGAGGCUGGCACUUGGGACACUACGUUUCCUCCAUCAAGUACUGUUCAGGAUUUGCAGAAUCCAAAGCCAAAGACUGAUGAUGAUGUAUGUCAUGAGGUGACAGAAAAUACGAUUUUAGGAGAAUGUACGUUAGUGAAUUUACAAACAUCACAAAAUCAUGUAAGUUCUGCUUCAGACAAUGCAUCUUGUGUGACACCAGAUACUAUUAUAAAAGAUAUUUCAACAAAUGAUGCUGUUCAAAAAGAAACUAACAUUCCACUUGAGACUGAUUCUGAUCUUGGUCAAAAAACUGAUGUAAACAGUGAAGAUCGCCAAGGAGAGCACAGUUUAAAAUUUGAAAAUAUGAAUGAUACAUUUGAUGUUUCUGCUAGCGAUGCUUUCAAUGAAAGUAAUGCUAGUGAAAUUCUGACAGAUUCGUGUGACACUGAUGCACUGAAGCACAGAAGAAAAGUCUCCAGUUUAGGAGAUUUGCAAACUGAAUAUUUAGUUGACUCUCAUCAGCCUACUUCUGGAGAGAAAUGCAAUGAUUGGAAAAUUGAUACAUCAAUUGGAGCAGCUAACAACUAUUUUAUAAAUGCUGCUACUUUAGUAGAUGACAGUGAAUUGCCCACCUCCCUCCCACCUCUCUACAUACAUGAAACAUCUUAUAAAGUGAAGGAGCCUUCAAGCCAGUCAGAAAGGGAAGACCAUUGUGAUAAUACAACCAAAACCCCCACAUCAUCCCCUACUGAAAUUGAGGAGGAGACUAAACAUAUGUGUGUGUCACAUGAGGGUGUCAUGAUCAAUGAAGUAUUGAAGUUGCCAAUCCAUGAAAACUCAAUUGUAGAAAAUAAUUGUGAGGCUGUUGAACCUGUAUUGGAAAAAGAAGAAACUGUAAACAAUACUCAAGGGACAGGGGAGUCAGAAAAUUCAUAUAGUGAACCUCCUGUGAUGAGAGUUACAUUUUUAAAAAUGGGAGGUACCAGGCACGAAGUAAAAUUGUUAAAUGGACAAGAUUUAUUUGCUGAGUUUCAGAAAGAAUUAAGGAUGACUGAACACUUGGAACCUCAAGUUGUUCGUAAAGUUCCUGGAGGAAAAUUCAAAUGGGACUCAGAAACUCUCGAUAAUGAAGAGUUGCAUCCAGAAAAUGAUAUUAUAAUUGAUAAUUCAGCAGCAGCCAAUGAUGAUAUUCAAGAGAAACAUGAAAUAGAAACUGUGAAUGAAGAUGAAGGAUCUCAUAUCAAAGAGCUUGAAGAUGAUGAAAAGUACUUACAUAGUGAAACUGAAAGAUCAAGUACACAUGUUUCUGAUGGCAGACGUGGUGAAAAUCUUGAGAAAAGUCCAGAGGAAGAAAGUGAAGAUUUAGAGGCCCCUCGAAGGCCAAGUCUCAUCCGAAGAAAUACAUUUGAGUUAGAUCCUGAUGAAGAACACAUUGCUUUGCUGAGACAAGAAUAUGAAAGAAGGCAAGGGAAUCUGCUUUUUCAGAAUUGCAUUCCUCAAUUCUCUGGUCAUAUUACUGGGAGUGAAGGGUUCAGAGAUGCACAGAGUUUAUUAGUGCUGGGCACUGAAAAUGGAGGAGACAUGCACAAAAAUGAAGAGCAACAGAUGUCUCUUCCUGGAAUUCCUGUUGGUAAUUCUCUAUUGCAGAUGUCAGUUGUCGAUACAGACACUAGUCUUCCAUGUCAGGUACAGAGUGCAAUGUCUGUUGAUGAUAGUUGCAGUGACCAACAGUUCAGUAACUUCCAGAAUGAAAGUACUGUUAUCCAACCAUUAAAUUGUAUUACUCAAAGUGGACUGCAAGCCAUUAACGGAGAAAUAAAUGAAAAAGCACAAGAUGAAGAAUUAAAUGAACAUUAUGAAUAUCAUGGAAUUCAUAAAAUUGACGAUGAAAAUAAUCAAAGCGAGUAUGAUACAGAUGAACACAGCAUGAAAAAUGGGAGUUCAGGGUUCACACGGCAGAGCAGUUAUGAUAUAGCUUGUAAACCAGUUAUUUCUGGUGCAUUAACAUGCAGUGAUUUGGGUUUAGAGGAUAAACGUUUAUGGGAUAGUCCCAAGAAACAUCAAAAGCGAACAGAAUCGACGCCAAUUGUGUCAGGUGGAGUUUCAACUAUUGAUUUCUCUGUUCCUGUAAGGAAAGUCAGUGAAAGUCCAAUCAUGAGAAGAAAGAAUGAAGCAGCACCAAUUCUUUCUGGAGCAGCACCUGUAUCUCCUGAGCAAAAAGAAGCUCUGCCAGAGGUAAAACCACAACCUUCAGCAAGUACUGCUGCUGCUUGGGUUGUAGACAUGAGUGAUUGCGCUGGAAAUGCUGCAAAGCCUCCAUUAGAUUCUCGAAAACAUAAGAAGUCAGAUUCAACUACAGGACUUCAUCAGCUUCAAGGACCUUCAGAUUUGAAAGAAGAACUAAAGUCAGGAUCACCUCUUUCAGAAUCAAAAAGUGUUUCUUCUCUAGGGUUCUUUGUGGAUCUUAAAGUUUCACCAGGAAAAGAACAAUCUGAAGUAAGAUUGAAGGAAAAACGAGAAAAUAUCCAAGAUGUAAGACUGCAGAAAAGCUUGGAAUCAACUCCUGUAAAUGUUGGAUAUUUUGUGGGAUUUGAAGGAAGCAGAUCACACAGCCGUGAAAAAUGGGACAGAAAAUCAUCAUCCUUUGAAGAGAAACGAGAUCUUAAACGGCAGACAUCAAAGAGUGAUGAUAAUAAAUCAUCUGGAAAGAAUUCACCAUGUGGUUUUUUUGUAGAUUUAACCAACAAAGGACAAAAUGGCAGUGCGCCAAAAGAUACUGAAUCUAAGAGAUUGUCUAGUGAAGAUGAAAAAGACAAUGUGACACCAGACAGAAAGAGUGCGAUAUUUUCUAUGUUUAUUGAUAUUGGUGAUUCCAAGAAGGAAUCUAGUGGUAGACAUGGCUCUGCAGAAUCAGUAAAAAGUAAAGUGGCAUCUUCACCAUUACUCUCUUCCAAUAAAAAACUAGGGUUAAGGCGAGCAUCAUUGUCUAGGGACAGUUCUGACAGAGGUUCUCGUCCUAAUUCAGCAACGUUUGAUAUAGAUGAUCAGCUGCCUCAAGGAGAAAGUCCAAAAAGCACAUUCAUGUAUAUUGAUGCCAGCACAUCCAGUAGUAAAAGUGAAUGUACUGUAGCACAAAGUCAACCUUCAUCAUUAGAAGAAGUAAAUGAACAUAAAGCAAAUAAGAAACAGAGCUUUUUCAUGUUCAUAGAAAAUGAAUCUCCUGUGAUAAGGCGUAAAACUCUUCCUUCAGGAUUGCGACCCAGUUUUAAUAGACACUCAUGGAAUCCUGAAACUCGUUCUACUCUUCAGACUGAAGACACUCGUUUAACUGCAAGAAGGCAACAUAAACGAGCCCACAGUGUAUCUGUUGACAGAAGUUCCAUUUGCAGUCCUGGAGAUGAACACAAGUCUUCCAGUUCUAGCUCUCUAGCAAAAACACAACAACAAGGAAGUAGUCACUCAUUGUGUGAAUCAGCAAUGCCAUCUGAGGUAGGCAUGCCUCAGAUGUCAGUUUCUUGUCAUGCCCGACUCUCUUCAAAAAGUCAAGAGAAGUUUUUGCAACGUACUUUCAGUGUGGAAGAACAAACAGAAGAUGAUAUAAGUGGAAAUAGCGUUCAAACAAAUGUAGACCAUUUAAGUCAUAAAGCAGAAGUUUCAGGAAACAUAAAUGUCAAAUUUACUUUGAAAGAAGCUAACGUAAAUAUCGUAGAAGUGUCAGAUUUGGAAAAAGUUGAAGAACUUGAGUUGCAGCAUGCAAUCCAAGUUACUGUUCAAGACAGAUGUGCCUCAAAGAGAAAUACCCCUGUAGAAUUAACUUCUGCAGAUGUUGGCAGACAUCAAAAUGUUUCUAAAGACUUAGCAAAAGUUUCAAUUGAAGAACAUAAGCAGAAGAAAGCAGUUACAAGAGAAAGUUAUCAAUCACAAACUAUGGGGAAUGAAGAGAAUUUUUCAAAGCAAGCAAAAUCCAUCCCAGAGUCAUCUGUUUGUGUUUCUUCUGGAGGAGCAGGCAACAACAGGAAAACAGAAUUUGUGCCAGAAAUGCAGAAAAAGGGAGACAGUAAUGAAACAAAAAAGAAAGUGGAGAGUUCUGGUGGAAAUUUUGUCAGGCUCUCAGAUCUUGAUAAAGAACCUAAUAAGGCAAAUGAUGUUACAGAUUCCAGUGAUAUUCUACCAUCUUUCUCUGCAACAAAUAGAAUGACUAGAAGUAUUCCUGAAACAUCAUGGAUUGAAAAUAAACUUUUAAUGACUCGAUCGAUAGGUAGUGGAUCUACCAGCAAAUCUCUAAGCAGACUAUUCCCCCACCUUCAUACUGGUGGCAGUGCUUCUUCUUCUCCUUCAAGUGCAACAUACAGUAAGUCACCUGGUGGCCAGAUGGAAGUUGAUGACAACGACAUGCAAGUUUCAGAGACCUCUGAUCUGAGUAGUAUGCAGAGCAGUAUGGGUCCUUCUGGACUUGAAGGCAGUACAGAAGAAACUGAUGCUUCCUCUUCAUACGCUGGGCGCAGUGGCCCUGUGUCAAGGCUCGGAGAGGAUCUUCUUCGAAUGUUCUUAGAAGAAAUCAACCCAGAUGUCACAGUGGAAGUGGGUGGUCGCAGACUGAAAGCCCACAAAUGCAUCUUGUCCUCACGCUGCCAGUAUUUUGCAGCGAUGCUUAGUGGUGGCUGGGUUGAGAGCGCAGGGAAUGUUAUUUCUUUGCAAGGAUUUUCUUAUAAUGCUGUUCAUUUUGCUUUAUGUCACAUUUACAGUGGCACUAGUAAUAUACCUGAUACCAUUAGUAUUGUUGAAUUGGCCACUCUGGCAGAUAUGUUGGGACUGGAAGGCUUAAAAGAAGUCAUUAUGUAUACACUUAAAGUGAAAUAUUGUCACUUCUUUCAUAAGCCUUGCACUAUGUGCACUGUUGGCGUCUUGGAAUGUCUGCCUCUUGCCGCCGCUUAUGGUUUGGAUGAAAUUUAUAGGAAAAGUUUGCGCUGGAUAACUAAAUACUUUGUGCGAAUAUGGCCUACAAAAGGCUUUGCAUCUCUUCCUAGAGAACUGGUCGAGAAGUGUUAUCAACAGCAUGUUGUUUAUAUGUCUGUUGACAAUGUUCUUGAAACAGUAAUGUGUUGUGAUAAGUUGAUGGCUACACUUCCUAAUGUGCGCUGGGCAGAACCUGUUUUUGGUAUAACAUCACAACUUUUGGAAGCCUCAAUUAAAUAUAUAGCCAACAAUUUCAGUGGUGUUCUUGCAAGUGAAAAUUUCCUGUCCUUAGGAAAAGAACUUAGUUGGAACAUCAGCCGCCUUGAAGAUAGCAUAAUGGCAGCAACUGAUCGUCUCCCUCCAGAUCAGUGUUGUCAAAGUUAUUCACGUUUACAUCAAAUUCUUUCUCUUGCUCGAUCUCCUGAGCCACCACCAGAAAUGCAAUGGAUGCGACAAGCACCUCGAGCUGCUCGAUGCCCAUCUUGGGGCCAAAUGGAACCAGAACUUCGUAGAAAGAUCCAAGAAAUAGCUUGUUUAGUAUUGGUCCCUGGAGAGGAUCAUAGGUCUCGAUUAUCUAACAUCACCAAAAGAGGAACCAGUGGUAGCAGUAGUGUGUAUUGUACUGGACCUAGAUCUGUAUCAAGUACUGGCCUUCGUAGCUUAGAUUUGCGUCAGGUCAGACUUGCAAUGACACAGCAGGCUCGCAGGGCUGCGUCCGGUGGUCGUGUUUCCACAUUAAAAGCAGACAGCAAAGCAAAAGCUCAGGCUAAACAACCUCAUACAUCUCAAGUAAAGAAAGAAGCAGUUACUACUGAUGAUAGCAGUAAAGCUUCAAAUGGAGAAACUGCAGCAAGACCAAAGACUUGGCCAAUGAGAGUUCUUGAAAAUAAGUCUAGAUCCACCAAAUAUAGAGUAAACUCUAGCACAUCAAGUACAGGAACACCAGAAAAAUCAAAUAACACUGCACCUCGAAGGUCUGGGAAAAAUUUGAUAUCUUCCUCAGAUUCAUCUCGAACAUCAUCCCCAGCUAUGAGACGUUCAGCUCCUGGCAGUGAUAGUUCUGGUAGAGUCAGAGCUUCAACUCUUAGCGGAACAUCAGGUAGAGGUGUUGUUAAUAGGUCAGACACUCCUCCUGGCCGAGACAUGCGGACUCGAAGAAAAAGAGAUGGAGAAAUUGCAGCUAUCUCAACUGAUUCUUUGACCGAAUCUCCUUCCAAUGGAAGCACAAAACGUAGUGCAAAAGAAUUGUCUGAAAGUGCAACAAGUCGCAGCUGUCAGUCUACUAGACCUGAUACUCCAUCAGUAAGGAGGAAAGUCCGAGAAGAUGUUGUAAUGUCUACAGAUUCCCUUUCUUCAGCUGCAAAUGGAGAGAAAACAAUAGGCAAAGAAUGCACUAGUGUGAGUGCUCCAAGUCAUAGUUCCAUUACAACGAGACCUGAAACUCCGAAAGAUAGAAAGAAGAAUGCUCUUGGGAGGUUAGGUGUUGAAGUGACAAUUUCAACCGAUUCAUUAGCCACUGAUUCAUCAUAUGCUGGAGAUGCAUCUCUAGGGGCCAAAGAAAGUGGAAGAGUCUCCAGUGGGAGUAGCAGAAAUGAAAAUAAAGCAGGAAAAAUAGUGAAAUUGAGCAAUGUGAAAAAUGAUAGUCAACGAUCACCUGCUUCUGCGGUUAGGAAAAUCACUCGUCAGUCUGUAUCAUCUCCUCGCGAUUCUCCCACUACACGAAUAAGAUCAGCAGUGUCAUCCUCGCCCUACACUGGAUCACCAUCACUAAGAAGAAGCCUUUUGCUUGCUUCUAAGCCUGAAAAUGCUCCUCCCACUACUGGUGUUAAGCAACUGACACCAUCUAAAGCUACUGCAGUUGUCAAGUCUGAAAAAUUGACAACUAAAUUACUCUCCAGUCCUUCUACCAGUAGUACUACGACAAAACGCACCCCUACUCGUAAUCAGAUACGACAAGUAGUUGCAAGUCCUGCAAAGCCAAUUGUAGAAGGAGUUAAGUGUGGUACAGGGAAAUGUGCUUCAAAAGAAACAGUUUCUACAUGCACACCUAAUAAAACAGUUACUAAUAAAAUCAGUAAUGUUACAAAGAAAACAGCAAAUGGUAGUAUAACAGAUGGUAGAAAUAAACGUUUCUCUGACUGUCACACAAAAUUACCUCCAGUCUCUAAAAGAGAAGCAGGUGAAGAGAAACCUCCAACUGUUGGUUCAAGAUCUGGUACGUUCUUGAAAGAUGAACCUACGAUAUUGAAAAAACCUGACAUAGACAAUGUUCAAGAGUGAGCUAAGUGAUGCCACAGCUCGUAUUUAUUCUGAACUAGAAUGUAAGUGUUUCUUAAAUUUAUUUUCAAAAAGGAAUGGGUAAUUCUUAUAUGCAUUUAAAAGUGUGACGAUAAUAAGCAGCAUGAAUACUCUCAAAGUAAAAUAAGUGGUUAUCUUGAUCAGUCUUUCUAUUUGUCAGAUAAGUUAAAAUAAGAUACUUGUUUCAGUAGUUAGUGUAGUACUUGCAUCAUAAUGGAAGGUGUCUUAAGAACUUCCCCCAUUUUUCCUUUUCCUGUGAACAUGUACUAUAUCGAAUGCUGCUUAAUUUCUCUCUUAAGUCCUACUCUUUAAGGACAGUGGUUAAAAUGUUUUUAAUAAUUCAUCGCAGCAACUUUAAACCAUCUUAACUCCUUGUUAUUUUUGUUAUUUUUUUUGUUUGUGCAUAUAUGCCAUCUGUUUUGCUUAUUGUGAUAAAAUGUGAAGAGUUAAGUGAAUUGCAUUCUUGUUGGAAAUGGCAAUUGAAAAUGCAGUUCUACCUAGUCAUUGAGCCAUGCAAAGUGUAUAUAUGGUACUAUAAUUUAAUCAAUUUUAUGAUAUUGCAAAGAAUUUGAAGUAUAUUAUAAACUGUAAAAUAUUUAUAUGUUAUGGCAGCGCAUUUUAGAUUGUAAAUGUAUUUUGUCUGUGUUGCUAUCGUUAUUAGAUAGUUUUUCAAAAAUAAUUUAAUAUUUGAUGAGUACAAUCAGUAAAUGAAUAAUUAUAAUAAUUAUUGUGCAAUUAUUGAAAUAAUCUUAAUACAAUGUUAGGAAUCUCAGAGUCUCCAUGUUCAAUCUGUUUGUCUUUUUCUUUAAAAAUACAGUUGUACUUUUAAGGUAUGUCCUUUUAUAUGCAGACAUUAUUACUUCUGUGGUACAAUUCUUAAAAAUUGGGGUUUUCUGGGCCUUUCAUACUUGCUAGUCAUUAGUUGUGUACAUUCCUUUUCACUUCAAUCAGCUUUUAUCAUUUAACUGGCACUUGUGACUUCAGUUUCAUUACUCUACUUUUUGGAGUCAAUUGUUUCUGUGCCAUUCAUUUUUUGGUGUAUUACAUAGUGUAGCACAUCAGAAUAUUUAGAGAAUGUAGUAAAAAUGAAUGUUGAUCAAAGCAAUGGUGCCUCCAGCUUAGUUAGUCAAAAGCAAAAAGGUAAAUUUGCUCUCAAGUAGAAAAAAAAAUUGAAGUAACCAAUCUACUCCUGCCAGAAAUUACAAAUUUAUUUUUAGCUGCAAUAUUACAGUAGAUAACUGCAAAAUAAAAAAACAUAAAAGGGGUUCGUUCAAAAUGUCCACAUGCUCGUAGUGGCAUAUUUGUUGUGGUUGUAAAAGUAAACUCUCUCGUACAAUUAUAAUCGUUCAUAUCCUAGCAUAUCCUGGUAUUGAUUUCUUAAAACAUCUUCCUGAUUAUAGAAACAUUCUUACUGACUCAAGGAAUUGCUUUUUCCACUAUACAAAAACAUUCCAAAGGAAAACUCCUGGGAUUCAGUACUAUUAACUGUUCUUUAGUAGUGCAAUAAAGAGAGUUUACUUUACACAUUGACAAGUUCUCUGAAACAAAUACAUAUUCUACAGAUAUUCCAGACUAAAAAUUCAGUGAGCUCUUGAAAGAAAUGUAGUUCUUACUAAAAACUGAAUAGCAAUUUGCUACUGUUUACUGUAUGGCUUUGCAGUAAUUUAAUGAGUAUUCGCCGAGAGGAAAUUUUCACCAAUUCUUAAUGUCAAGGUUAGUAAGUUGCUUCCCAAAGAACACUGAAAAACAUUUGUGUAGCUAUUUGACAGAAUGAGAACCUUGAGGGUCAAAAUUUCCUUUACAGUAUUGAAGAACACAACUGAAAGAAAGUUAUCAGAAAAUUUGUUCUUAAUUUCUGUGAUUCACAUUAUAUCAAUAGCUAUGAAAAUUCUAUGUUGCCAUUGCACCAAAACAAAUGCAUUUGUUUGUGAAGAUUCUAGUUUUAUUUCGAAAGAAAUAAUACUUGUUCCUAUAUCUCUAAAGGUUAAAAAUGCUUUAAUCCUUGUAUGUGUCAUGUUCAUGUCUUUACUUCACAUUUUUAAUAUAUGUACUUAAGUAUACAGCAGUACAACUGAAAAUUGUUUUAUUUUUUUAAACAUUGUUUUAAAGCACAAAAGGCCAGUGAAAAAGUUAGUGUCAAAUAAUUGAUGUUGGUUCUUUAUAACAAGUAUAUCUAGGAAAUUGUACAUUGUUAAUUUCAAGUAAAUAUCUAGCUGCCAAGCUGCCAUGUGACAACUCGUAUAGGUAAUUAAAUCUAAAACUGUUACAUACAUAUUAUAAUGAAUUAUGUUAUUGUUCCUUCUGAACGUUAAGAAGGAAUUUUAAAGUCAAUAUUUGGCAUUUUUCUCUUAUUUCAAGAACAUGUACUGCACAUUUCGGUUGCAAUACAUUAUUUCCUUUUGUGAUUUUCAAAAUUGUGCAAUACAUAUUUUGUUAAAAUACAUAAUAAAUUCUUUCAUUUCCUUACUUUAACAUAAUUUUCAUAUCAUGUGAGAUAUGAGGAAUUAUAAGAAUGCUCUUAAUGUUGAAACCAAAAUACUGUUUUCACUGUUACCAGUUUAUCUUUGUACAUUGAACUAUGCUUUUUUAUCUUCUGUUACACGGAUGUUGCAUGCUAUUUUUAUUUUUGUACUUUAUUAUUUAUUGCAAAUUUAAUAUUUGUAAUGUAUCCAGGGCAUAUUGCAAUGGUGUAUUUUGAAGAAAUAAA